AGUACCCCACGUCCUCUGCUCCUGUAUUAACAUGUUAUUACAUGUUCCCUUCCCGAUCUAACUCCAGCUACCUGCAAUUCUACAUUUUCUUGCCCAGUCCUCCAUAGCAAUGAACAUCUAACCAUCCAAACUCUUCUCUGCAAACAAGUUGUUAAGUUCCUCGCUGCCCGUCAAUCAAACCAAUCAAAUGACCCUCCACUCUUUCCUCUCACUUCCUCUCUCUCUUCUAUCCCCUCCCAACCCCAAAGUCUCUACCACCUCCACCGUUCUCUUCACUCCAGUUCGCACUUUAUGUCGCCGGAAACAGUUUCUAGCGGUGAAUUGUCAUAACGCUAGCGUCACUACCGCCGUCGGAGAUGACUUACCCCUCGACUAUGCGAACUGGACCCCCAAUCGGAACUCCUCUGCUAGUGAUCGCAGAAGAGCUGGAGUGCUCCUCCACCCCACAUCGUUUCCUGGCCCUUACGGCAUUGGAGACCUAGGUCCCCAGGCUUUUUGGUUCCUCGAUUGGCUUCACGACGCCGGUUGCUCUCUUUGGCAGGUACUUCCUCUUGUUCCUCCUGGAAGAAGAGCCAAUGAGGAAGGAUCGCCUUAUUCGGGCCAGGAUGCAAAUUGUGGUAACACCCUUUUAAUUUCACUUGAAGAACUCGUGAAUGAUGGUUUGCUGCUGAAAGAGGAGCUUCCAGAGCCUCGAUUCACGGAUCGUGUGGAUUUCUCAAGUGUUGCUGAAAUAAAGGAUCCUCUUAUAGCUAGGGCUGCAGAGAGGCUUAUUUCCAGUCGAGGGAAUCUCAAAUAUGAGCUUGAACAAUUCCGCAAGGAUAGAAAUAUUGCGAGUUGGCUUGAAGAUGCAGCAUGUUUUGCUGCUAUAGACAGUACUUUUAAUACACUAAGUUGGUAUAAUUGGCCAGAACCAUUAAAAAACCGGCAUCUUGCUGCAUUAGAAGACAUUUAUCAAAGCAAAAAGGAUUUUAUAGAUAUAUUCAUUGCUCAACAGUUCUUGUUCCAAAGGCAGUGGAAAAAGCUGCGCAAUUAUGCACGUACCAAGGGAAUUAGUAUAAUGGGAGACAUGCCAAUUUAUGUUGGCUAUCACAGUGCAGAUGUUUGGGCAAACACAAAACAAUUUUUGCUGAACAGAAAAGGCUUCCCCCUUCUGGUUAGUGGAGUCCCCCCUGAUGCUUUCAGCAAAACUGGUCAGCUAUGGGGCAGCCCUUUAUAUGAUUGGAAAGCUAUGGAGAAAGAUGGAUUCUCAUGGUGGAUACGCCGAAUUAGACGAGCGCAGGAUCUUUUUGAUGACUUCAGGAUAGAUCAUUUCAGAGGAUUUGCAGGGUUCUGGGCGGUCCCCUCUGAAGCAAAGAUUGCAAUGGAUGGCCGUUGGAAGGUGGGUCCUGGAAGACCUUUAUUUGAUUCCAUCUCGAGAGCUGUUGGAAAGAUAACUAUUAUAGCUGAAGACUUGGGUGUUAUCACUGAGGAUGUAGUUCAACUUAGGAAGUCAAUUGGGGCACCAGGGAUGGCUGUGCUGCAAUUUGGUUUUGGAAGUGAUGCGGAAAACCCUCACCUGCCUCAUAACCAUGAGUGCAAUCAAGUGGUAUAUACUGGGACUCAUGAUAAUGACACGAUCAGAGGCUGGUGGGAUGUCUUGCCACAGGAAGAGAAAUCCAAUGUAUUAAAGUAUCUCCCAGGCAUUGAUGAACAUGAAGUUUCCUGGGGCCUAAUCCAGUCUGCACUUUCUUCAGUGGCACGAACCACAAUUAUACCCAUGCAGGAUAUAUUAGGUCUUGGAAGUUCUGCUAGGAUGAACAUUCCCGCAACACAGGCCAUAGGAUACGACGAGCAUCCUCUGUGGAGGGUAACGUCAAAAUGUUUGUUGCGUUCGAAAUUAGAAUAUAGAUGAAUUGGAAACCGAUUCACAAAAAAUUCUGAUGUGAAGAACAAAAAAGCAAUUUCCAGGGAGUCUCUUUCUGCCCGCCACAUACACGAAGGAUGGAAUUUCACACCGAAUAGAAGAUAGUUUACUUAUUUACGUAGUAUGUUGAAAUUUCGAGAAGAGAAGUUGAAAAUGCGGAUGAUGAAAUUACAGACUACCAUUUGUGAUGCUUGAGGCCAGGUGGACUAAAGAUUUAAGAGACAAUUUAUCACAAACUUUCGAAUAUCAAAAGGUUGGAGUGCAGGGGCUAUGCGAGGGAACAUCAUUGUCAAAAGGCUGGUGGGAUAAUCGAAGAUGAGAUGGGUCUUAUCUUGAGAUUGUGAUUGGAGCAGAUAUUUUUGUUUUAUAUUGAAUUUAGGGUUUCGAUGCAUUAAAUAUGAGCAUUGAACACCGUCAGUGAACAUUUCAAUAAGUGUUGAAGUAUAUCGUAAUAGACAUAUUGAACAUGACAGUGAAUGAAUGCAUUAAGAAAUUUUGUUGUGCAUUCAUUAUGACCGAUAUUGCAGUAAUACAGAGCAGUGAAUUCAUC